AUGCAGCCUCCAAGAUCGCCUAGUCAUCGGCCCCCACAUGGUCACCAAUCCCAAAAACUGGUGGAUGAACUGGCGGGUAGGGUAGAUGCUCUCGAAAAGUCAUCUCUCAACCCAUCUCGUUUAUCGCGCGGUGACUCCACAGAGCAGGUUGUUGGUCUAACACCCAUCACCGAGGACGCACGAUCAGAAACCGAGCGACAGGAGGAUCAAGGACGCAGUUCACAUACCCUCAAGGAACUUCGAAAGCAGAUGGAAGAUCUCCUUGUAUACCAACAGAUGCAGCAAACUCAACCAGUCUCCUCCCAGACUCACCCCGUCUCCGCCAUUUCGAAUGAUACCCCAAGAAAGAGACGUUUGUCCAAGACCUUGUCCAAUACCUCAACGGAGGCUCCAGCUUCCAUCGUGCAUACCUCCGCAGGCUCGGUAGGUUCCGCGGGGACAAUCAAAGGUGUGCAGACAGAGACAUCUUCCGAUCGCAAACCAGCACAUACGCCGUCGUAUCCCUUUCCACAUAUUCCGCACAUCCAAAACAAACCAGCCAAAAUGGGGGUUGAACCAACGCCUCGUGGGGGGCCAUUUAGACUGAAGCUUCCAUCUGAGAAAUCUCAAUCUUCGACACCAGGAUCCCAAACUCUACCUCCAGAAUCAAAAGCGUCGGAUCCGCAUCCGACUUUUCUGCCCGCUCAUCAUAGCCAGGUCCAAGAAGAUCCAAAUUUUAUCAGUCCCAAUCUAUAUGAUCUGACACUUCAGCUGAAUGCGGAUUCGGGACUCGAAGCGUGGUGGUCCAACCUCAUUGAUAUAUUGCAAAUACAUUACGGGGCUGAACGCGUGUCACUCGCUGUCCCUGGAGAUGUGACCGAUUUGGAGAACGUACCUUGGGGACAAAAAGCAAUUUUUAACCAGAACGUGGAUACAUCUUUGGAUGAACUUCAAGAGCGUCAUAUAGAGAAGGGUCCAUCAACAGAGGUACCUCAGUCACGGAAAAGCGUCACGCAACAGAAAACCGAGACAGUAUUCCACCAAGCUAAAAUGCCUGGACCUUCCAGGCCAUCUUUAUUAUCUCGGCACUCAUUCGCUGGGUUUGAUAAAAACAAAGGCCACAGCCCCCACGAUCUCAACCAACCACAAGUUUCGAAGAUAAACGUCAAAUCCGAGAAAAAGCACGUGCAUAUCGCUUCCCAAAACCCGCCAUGCACGGAUCAUUUGAUGGGAGAGCACUCCGAACCCAAAGACGAUACAAUCAACAGUCUCCUCGGCAGUAUGCGGCAGGCUGUGUUCCCCACAGCUAGACCACUGGAGGUAGAGCUAGACCCCCUCAUAAAGCGUACAGGCGUGGUCAGGUUAUUUGGGCGUACCCGUCCCACCAUCUUAACACGUGAAUAUGCAGAGAGCGCGCAACAUCCACGGCGUUGGGCCGAGUCUGCCGACAGUCCGAAUGAGAUGGUUCAAGUCACUCCUGAUGUCGAUGGUCCCGGUGACAGGGGUAUUGGGAGUAUACCGAUGCAGCAAGGCCUCGGUGUCAGUGGAUGGAAACAGUAUGAUGAAUAUGAGCAGGUUCCGCAGUCUCCGUGGUCUCAGUCCCCUGCUCCUUCGCCCGCUCCCCGCACACAUGCAGACCAGAAUCCGUUCUUCUCAAACCAUUCGGUCGAUGAAGGGGCCUUCUCCAAGCAUCCGCCUUCACACGACUACUCUAAUCAUCUACCACUAGAGGCCAUUGGGAUCGAUCAAUCAAAGACCGUUAUCCAUAUUCCUCUUUUACAUGGUGGUCACUCUAACCAGGAUUCCCCAUCGACAUUGAGAUUUCCUGUUGCCGUUGUGUCGAUGUUGUGCACAAUCGUUCCAUAUCCUCCUAACCUCAGGCAAUCACUCUCACUUCUGAUGCCGCAUUUAACGACUUCUUUCUGCUUGGCUCAGCGAUAUAGCCAACUUGAAAGACAACUCUCAUCCAAGAUAGAAACUCCCCGCUAUGGUCAUCUUUUAGGUCUCGGGGGCACUUUCUCAGAUGCAAGCAGUGAAUUAGAGCUUGUUGCAGGACUAAGCGGUCACGUCAACUACUCUGUUGGCGACAACAACAACUCAAUGUCCGCACGCACGAGCAUCACUAGCCCUAGUGAUCGUUCGUCUAUAAAGUUCAGUCCUGCAGUUUCUGCUAUGGGGACCCCUGGAUUUGAUCUUAGUCAUAUUGGGUUCGGGUCCGCAAAUCAAUCUCCAGGAGUGGCCUCACGACCUGGCGGAGAAGGUGCUGACAGCUACUUCAAUGUCCCGCAAAAUAAAAGCUCCCGAGACAAUGCAUCCCAGAACAGACCACGGCUCCUCAAGUCAAAGACCACCACUAUUGACUCAUCGACACCACUUUCUCCCGACAAAGUGGCUUGGAAACCAACCACGAGCGAUGAGCACAACCUACAAGAUCAAUCUUUCUACGUCGCAUCGCCACUGCAAGAAACCAGACCGCCCAAUGCUUUUUCUCCAACUCAGCAAUCAUCACGUCAAGCCUCUACAAACUCGUUGUAUGCCCAACUGCAACGGGAGCUCCCGCGCCCGUUCUCUGACACAAUAGCCCAGCUGAUGCUUAAUUCGAUCCCAUUGCAUCUCUUCCUGGCAAAACCCCAGAGUGGCGAAGUGAUCUGGACCAAUUCCAAGUUCGAUGCUUACAGAAGAAGUCAGCACCAAGAGCAAAGAUUUCGAGAUCCUUGGCAGAAUAUUCAUAGCAGUGAGAGUGAGCAUGUUCAUGUCAAAUGGGCCAAUGCUUUGCGCACGGGUGCACAGUUCACGGAAAGAGUGCGGGUCCGAAGAUUCAACGACGAAUCGGCAUAUCGCUGGUUCAUCUUCCGGGCCAAUCCGUUGUUAUCGACAACAGGAGAGGUACUGUACUGGAUUGGGUCUUUCCUUGACAUUCAUGAGCAGCAUAUUGCUGAGCUUGAGGCAAUUCAAGAGAGGGAGAAGUUUGCUAUUGAUGCAAAGUAUCGUGCAUUUUCCAACUCAAUCCCACAGGUUGUGUUUGAGGCAACGGAGAACCGCGGAUUGAUAUUCGUCAAUGAGCAAUGGAAUCUGUACACCGGCCAACCGCUCGAGGAGGCACAUGACCUCGGCUUCGCUAAACAUGUUCAUCCUGAUGAUCUCGAAAAGUGCGGCGAGCUGUCUCUCCGCAGCACAUCUCAGAACGCGGACCAAAAUGAUAGCGGACCUUAUGAGUUCAUGGUGGGAUCGGCCCUCGAUGAACUUGUGAAGCGCGGCAUUGCUUCUUUGCAGCAAGACGAAAAUGGCCGAGUCUUCUAUUCCACCGAGAUCCGCCUUCGUUCUCGAGGCGGUGAUUACCGGUGGCAUUUGGUUCGCGUAGUUCGCGUCAAGACCAGCAGCUUCGGGAGUGAGGAAGCGUCCUGGUACGGAACAUGUACCGACAUCAACGACCGCAAAAACCUCGAAAGAGAACUCAACAAGGCCAUGCAGCAGUUGAAUCACCAAAUGGAGUCCAAGACGAAGUUCUUCAGCAACAUGUCACACGAGAUCCGAACCCCGCUUAAUGGCAUUCUCGGUACCCUUCCGUUCAUCCUGGAUACGCAGCUUGAUAGUGACCAGAGGCGAAUGCUUGACACCAUCCAAAAUAGCUCCACCAAUCUUCGCGAGUUGGUGGACAAUAUCCUUGAUGUUUCCCGCGUCGAAGCUGGCAAGAUGUCAAUGGUCAAAUCCUGGUUCCAUAUCCGAUCAAUGAUUGAGGAUGUAAUUGACACCAUCGCCUCACGAGCGAUUGAUAAGGGUCUUGAGAUCAACUAUCUCAUUGGGGAGGACUUGCCGUCGAUGGUGAUUGGUGAUCGGUUCCGAAUUCGUCAAGUCCUGAUCAACCUUCUCGGAAAUGCAGUCAAGUUUACUGCGCAGGGUGAAAUCCACAUCUGCUGUGACAUGUAUCGGGAUCCAUCUGCAAAUCCCAGUGAUACUCAGGCAUUUAUGAACUUUGAGGUCGUGGACACCGGCAAGGGAUUCAGCUCUCAGGAUGCGGAACGCCUGAUGCAACGAUUCAGUCAGCUCGGAGAAAAUGUGACACAGCAACAUGCAGGUAGCGGUCUAGGACUUUUCCUGUCGAAGCAACUCGUCGAAAUGCAUGGCGGCAAGCUCACUCCUAGCAGCAAAGAAGGCCAGGGUGCAAAGUUCUCUUUUAACGUCAAGGUCGAUGCUCCUCCGCCACCUUCUCCUUCUGAGCAGCCCAAAUUGAUGCGCCAGAAUUCAACUGCCUCAAGAAGACCGGCAACGUCCAGAACCACGUCUUAUCAACAAGCACCUCCUCUAGCUCCCAGAAAUUCCGACUCAUCCGGCAAAAGCUCUGAUACCACCCUUUCCGCCUCGUUAUCAAUUACAUCCUCUGCUCUCCCAACCCCAGAUAUUGGCCCCACACCCCUGCCGCCUCCGUUGGAGCAGACAAAAGCUUUGGUGAAUCUGCCAGAUGCAGUCUCGAAUACAAGAAUCCAACCUGCCGUUACAAAGCCCGACACACCGGCCGGCGUGGCGUCGCCUAUGUCUCAAGCAUCUGCCUCUCCAAAUACACCAAUAGGUCCAGUACCUGUGCCUGCCCAUGGUCCUUUCUCCAUUGUGAUUCUAUGUCCGCUCACAAACUCCCGACAAGCCAUAAAACAGCACAUUGAGCAGGUCGUCCCUCAUGAAAUUUCGUUCAACGUCACAACGUUAGUUGAUGUUGAUGAAUGGAAAGAUGUGAUGCACUCUGCUUCCGAUCCUAAUCCUUGCACCCAUCUUGUCUUGAACCUUCCAACUGAUGAUAUCCUGGAGGUCAUUCAAAACAUUUCCGACUCAAGCUUGGAUCCCGCGCCCGUCGUCGUUAUCAUUGCAGACCUUUACCAAAAGCGUCAAAUUAGUUCACGGGUCAAAGAGCUGGCGGCGUCAGGAAAGCAGGUUUUCAUAGUGCCAAAGCCUGUCAAACCUUCUGCUUUCUCGAGUAUCUUCGAUCCCAAGAGCAAGCGUGAGCUGAGCAAGGAUCGCAACCAGGAUAUGGCGCGCGAGAUCAAUAACAACUUCAAGACCGUGUCCAAGAUGGUCAAAGAAGUUUUGGGCAAUAAGGGUUAUCGAAUCCUGCUUGUCGAGGAUGACGAAACCAAUCGAGAUGUCAUGCUAAAAUAUUUGGACAAGAUCAAGCUGAUGUCGGAAACCGCAUCCAAUGGACUAGAGUGCACUAACAUGGUGCUCUCUAAAGAGCCAGGAUACUAUUCUCUCAUCAUCUGCGAUAUUCAGAUGCCUAUCAAGAACGGUUACGAUACCUGUAGAGAUAUCCGCGAAUGGGAGCAAAAGAACCAUUACCCACAGAUUCCAAUCAUGGCUCUUUCAGCAAACGCAAUGACAGAUCAAAUCGAAAACGCUGCCCGCGCAGGGUUCAAUGACUACGUUACCAAACCGAUCAAACACAACGAAUUGGGGAAGAUGAUGAUGGGACUUCUCGAGCCCGGUCGCCCACUCAUGCUUCUGCGAGACCGCCUUAGCCCAGAACAACAGCAGGCCAUCGCUACUCGCCGCUAG